AUGGCGCCCGCAAGCGAGCUCCCCAAGCGCGAUUCCGAUCAGCUUAUACCCAUUCGGACACAAAAAAAGGGACCCGAUGACUGGAAGGGUCUCACGGACUCAAAGGAACGGCGACGGCGCCAGAACAGGAUCAACCAGCGAGCUUACCGCCAACGCAAACGAGCCGAAAAGCUCGGUCUACCCAUCAAUGCCGAAGGAGCCGAGUCCAGCACGGCGUCUUCAUCUUCAUCUUCAUCUUCAUCACAAUCCCCACCCACAACAGCCCUAACCACCCGAUCAAACUGUCCCACCCCCGACCAAACCGCCGCCCUCCUCGACCUCUUCAGCAAAACUGCCUACCAGAGCUACAUCCUCGGCUCCCCAACCUCCGACCACCUCCUCACCCUCGCCAAAGUGAACGUCUUCCGCGCCUUCGCCUCCAUCAUGUCCACCCUCGGCAUGCCCAAACACCACGAAUGGAUGGACGACGACGCAAUCUCCCCCUUCACCCUCCUCCGUCCCGGCUUCACCACCCCCUCCACCAUCCCCCUCACUCUCCGCCCGACCAAACUCCAACAAUCCAUCCCCCACCAUCCCUGGCUCGACUUCUUCCCGCACCCGCGCAUGCGCGACAAUCUCAUCCGCGCCGGCGACUUCGACGACGAGCAGCUCUGCAUGGAUAUCAUGGGGUUCUGGGAUAUGAGCACCGAGAGUUGCGGGCUGUUAGUGUGGGGGGAUCCGCAGGAUCUGGGGAAUUGGGAGGUGAGCGAGGAGUUUAUUCGGAAGUGGCCGUGGGUGGUUGGGGGUUGUGCGGAGUUGUUGGUUUCGACGAAUCGGUGGCGCGCGAUGAGGGGGGAGAAAUUGAUUUUUAGAUAUCUUUAG